UUUAAUUCGAUGUUUGCUGUUUCCAGCAGCAAUCAAAAAGAAAGCGACAACGAAAGCGACAGUGACAGUGACGAAAUACAAAGUGAAGCUGCCCAGGAAAUCCAAAGACUAAUAGAAAAAGCAAAAUCUAAUGUCAUACCUGAACAAUCCAGACCUCUGUAUGAAAAGCAGUACGAAAAGUUUCUCGAGUGGAAAACAAAAAUGAAGCUAAGUGAAGAAAUAACCCAAAACCAUCUCCUAGCUUAUUUCCAAAAGUUAUCUGAAACCUAUGCAGCAACUUCACUGUGGGCAACCUAUAGUAAACUAAAAUCUAUGCUGAUAUGUAAGAAAAAUCAUGAUAUAAGCAAGUAUUUGGAAUUGCAAUGUUUUUUAAAAAGGCUAGGCAAAAGACAUGUUGUGAAGAAAGCAAUGGUGUUCACACCAGAAGAAGUUUCAAAAUUUUUAAAUUGUGCUGAUGAUGACGAGUUCUUACUGCACAAGGUUAUAUUGGUAAUUGGUUUGCAUGGCUGUUUACGCACAAUUGAGUUACUCAACUUGAAAAUAACUGAUAUGAAAGCAGAGGGUAAUUUAUUUCACAUCAAGAUAUUUUCAACAAAAACCAAAAGAACCAAGUCUUUUGUGACAAGCCCAGAGGUCUACCCAAUUAUCAACAAGUAUAUGAAGCUACGUCCAGAUAAAAUGGAAAGAUUCUUCUUGCAAUAUAGAAAGUCAAAAUGUACCCGUCAGAACGUGGGAAAAGCAACAUUUUCAUCCAUUCCAAAGAAAAUAGCUACAUAUUUGAAAUUAGAUAAACCAGAGACAUACACUGGGCAUGCACUCAGAAGGACUUCUGCGACAUUAGCAGCAGACUUAGGUGCUGAUACACUAACAUUACAAAGACUUGGAGACUGGAAAAGUGCAUCAGUAGCUCAAAGUUAUGUCAACGAGUCCAUGCUAAAUAAGAAAACGACAAGUACAAUGAUAGCAUCAGCGUUUCAAUUUAAAAAGCCAUCCACAGCUAUCACCGCCAAAACUUUGUCAGAAAAAAAUCAAAAUGAUUGUGCCCCGAGCACCUCAUGUCAACAGGUUCCCUGUGUAUUAGAUUCACAAUUGAAAGUUGAUCAAGAAAAGAUUUUGGAAAAUUCUCAAACAUGUGAUAAAAGUAUUUCAAGCAUGGAGCUAAAUGUUAUUCAUUCUCAAUAUGAAUUAAGUGAAGAAGAUAUAAAUGAGUGUCAUUUAAGUCAACAAGACUACAAACAAUUUUUUGAACGUAAUGAGAUGAUAAAUCAAUCUAGUGAACCAAAAAAUGUUAAUAAAAGAUGUGCCAAUGAUAACCAAGAUGAUAAGGAGAAUGAUGCACAGAUGAAUCAAUUAAUAAAAAGAGAGAAAAUUAAGAGUUCUAUUCAUGAAAAAGUUUAUUACAGUUAUAUAGUUUUGUAA